CAUUCCUAAACAACAAGUGGUCGAGAACGCUUCUGUCUCAGCGCGGAGGGCCCCAUACAUGUACAUCAGGAUGACUACCUUUAUUGUGCGGAGAAGCAUCAGUGUUUUAAUGCAGACAUAAUCCACUCCACAUCCCUGACACCUGUACAUGUGUGGGACCAUGCAGGACCUGACAGUAACAGGACAGAGUAAAGUCUCAGAGAGAGGUUCUAGUGGAAAGAAAACGUACAAGACAACGUCAAACUCAUCCUACGUAGACGAGAUGUUAUUCGGGUCGCCUAGCGACAGGCGUCGGUCGAACGAGAACUCAUUUUCAACCCCAAAGUCCAAGGCGCCGCCGUUGUUAUGGUCUCCGCCCGUGUACGGGUCCAAGAGCGACACGGCGGGGAGCAGGAGUUCACGCCCACCGAGCGGCAGACUGAGCGGUUCUUCUUCGAGAAGUGAAAGCCGAAGAGGUAACAUGCCCAGGACAAAGAACAAGUACAGACUUGUGAAGCACACGCCGACCUUCGUAGACGAGCAGCUGUUUGGCUCCAGACUUUCGGAGCCUGAGUUCGCGGCUCCGUGGGAGGAGAAGGACAGACGGGACACGCCCCUGCUGUGGUCCCCGGGAACCCCCACGGUGGACAAGAUUACUCCAGCUCCGACAUCAGGACGUCGACCCAACUCCAGACCAUCGUCAGCGCUGAGAGAGAGGCCAGGGUCGCGGGCAGGGGAACAGCCGCUGUACUACCAGAGCGGGGUGGAGACCAGGACAGGCAGGUACAGCAGCUGGUCCCGGCCGGGCAGCGCGGCCAGCGGGAGAACAAGUGCCACGGGAGUCAGACCUCGCUGGAACCCGUAGAUUAGGACCUGUAGGUUUUCUACACAAAUCAACACUCAGUCUGGUAUCCUGUGUUGCCUAGUCCGUGUCUGUGUUUCUGUCAUUAUGUUUACCGAAGGAAAACAUAUUGUUUUUGCUCAAUUUCUUCCUCUUCUUCUCCAAACAGU